UGAAGAGGAAGGAAAGCAGUAACAACUGGGUUGUUAACAAAAAAGGACUGUUCUUCCCAAGGAAUCCUGCCCAAAGGUCAUCCAAGGACCCUCUUACUAAAGGUCACGCAGGAGCUGUGCCAUAG